CAGUCUGUUGCCGCGAAAGCCUUUAAUGUGAUUUGAUUGUGAAGGAUAAUUUAUUUCUUUGUAAAUAUUAAUGUGAAACUUUUAUUUUUGUUUUGUUUAUUUAGAAUAUUUAUGUUAGCAUAGUGUGAUCAUCUUAAUACCGGCUGAAAUACUAUCUUUUCUCUAGCGAUAUUCAUGUCGUUGCGGCUGGUUAGUUUUUUUGAUUUCAGGUGAACACCGAAAACAGUUAAUGGAACCAUCGUGUCUACCAUUUGACUUACUUGCUUUGUGAUACUCGAUUUUCAUAUCUGGAUCUUUCAUUGUUUAAAAUUCAAAAUGCCUCUGCUAGAAAAGAAAAUAUUUAAAAGGAACCCAUUACCGAAGAAUUUAGAUCGAAAUGAAGAGCUGUUUUAUUGUAAAGCUACUAAUGAAGUAUUCAGAGAAUACGAAUCAUUUUUUGAACGUGUGAUUUUGUGCAACAGUUUGGUGUGGACUUGUGCAUUAACUGGAAAACCAAAUUUAACUUUUCAAGAAGCUGUAGAAUCUGAAGAGGCUGCACGUAAUAGUUUAAAAACGUUCCCUACUGCACUCAAAAAGCCUUUGCUGUAUUUAGCUUCUCUUACUGAAAGAGGACGCUUGAAUGAUAUGUGUGAUGAUGUCUUUGCUUUUGUAAAAGAUCGAUUUUUUGUUGGAGAAGAAGUCGAAGUUCUUGUAAAUGGAGUGAAGAAAAGCUGUGAAGUGACUCGAGUGAUACCUCCUGAGAAACCUGUUAAGUCGCCUGCAAAACCAGAUGCAAAAACGAGAAAACCAAAAGAAAUCAGUCCAUCAAAAAUAAAAUAUGAAGUUGUCAAUUAUAGCACUGGAAAAACUACUGUUGCUAAAGCAGAUUGCAUCAGCCGACCUAAAGGAACAUACACCAAGCCUAGGAAUAAAUUAUUUUUAAAGCAUCAUACUCAACCAAAAGAUGGUGUGUGGAAAGUUAAGGAUGCAGUUAUGAAAAAUAAUCAUCUUCAUGAGUUUCAAUUUAAUGAAGCCUUCUCUGGACCACUUCCGGGUUAUGCUGUGUCAUCGCCAGUCAAAAGUAAAGGAACUUCACCUGAUAAGAUGGAAAAAAAUACUAACAAAAAAAUUCUUGAUUCUUCUGGUAAGAAGGGUGUUCAGAGUAAGUUGAAUUUUAAGAAAGAAACAGUUGAAGAAAAGAAAAAGUCAGUUGAAAAAACAGCUCUAUCUGAGAAACAAAGACUUGCUGCAGAAAAAGAGAGGCUAAAAGCUAAGGAGCUUCUUAAGAAGCAGUUAGAAGAAGAAGAACGGAAGUUUAAAGAAAAGCAGAGAAUUGAAAAAUUAAAGGAAAAAGAGAAAAAGAAAGAGGAAAAAAAGAAAAAACUUGAAUAUCUUAAUUCAUGGAAGAAACCCAGAGAUGAUCUUGAGUGUGAUGACUUAAAAGAAUUGCCUUCCUCUACACCAGUUGAUUGUGGGAUUCCUCAGAGUUGUUUUGGUGAUGCUAUAAUGAUUUUGGAAUUCCUCAAUACAUUUGGUCAAAAAGUUCAAAUCAAAGAUGUUUUUCCUCAAGGCAUCACAUUUGAACAAAUUGAAAAGGCUCUUGUGGAAACUGAUAUUCAAGGUGUUUUCAAUGACCUGCUGCAGCUUUUCCUUACUGCAAUAUUUAGGUAUCAAGAAGCUGAAGAUGAUAUUGUUGACACAAAAAAUACUGAAAUCUCCAGUUUGGAUAAUUUAGAUGUGAGUAAAGCUACAAAACUUGCUAUAGCUGUUUCCAAAUGGCCUAAAAAAUAUCAUGGCACUAUCUUAAGAAACAUUCCUUUAGACUCCUUUUCCAUCACAGAGGUUUUAAGACUUCACAUUUUGUCUUCUGGUGCUAAAAGACGUGUUAAUUGGCAAGGUGUCUGUUCUUUUAGUGAAGACCCUGGAUUGUACUUUAAAUUAGAAGAACCAGAGUUAUUGAAAAAGCUUGGAAAAACCAGUGUUUUUGAAUUAAGUAGUGAGGACCGGUGUAAGAUACUUCAUCUACUUAUGAAUCAAUUGCUGGCUACUGAUGUUUUAAGAUACGCUGUUGAUGAAAAUGCAGAUAAAACACGUCCACUGCGUCAUCAACUAAAACAGUUGAGGUGGGCCCAAUCACGUAAACAGAAGGAGGAAACUUCAAACACUAAAAAGAAGAUUCCUCUGAAAGAAAACAAAAGUGAUGGGAACAGUGAGGAAGUUUCUGAAGAGCUUCAAACUCAACCGGAUGAAGAAGAAAAGGAAAAUACUGAUAAUUUGACGCCUGAAGAAAAGGCUGAAUUAGAAGAAAAGAAAUUAAAAGAAGCUGCUAGGCAACAGGCAGAAUUUCAACGUAAGGAACGUGAAAUUGAAUCUCAAAUCAGAAAACUGCAGUCUUCUUUCAACAUUUCACCUAUUGGUCGUGAUCGAGCGUUUCGACGAUACUGGGUGUUUCCUACUGUACCUGGCAUAUUUAUUGAAGAUGAAGAUCCCUUUAAAGGUUCCUGCCUCCUGAAGCCAACAAUACAAGUUCAACCCCAAAAUGCAGCUUCACUAAAAGUGGAAACCCCAACAACCAAUAUAAAAAAAUAUCUGCAAAGUAUUGAUGCUUCUAACGGAAGUAGUGACAAGGAAAAUGACAUUUUGCGAGACAUUGCCAUUGUUCAAAGUGAUCUUCCUUUUCCCUUAAAAAACAGAAAGCUUACAGAUCUUAAUCCCCGUGUAGACACAAAAAAGAAUGUUUUGGACAAUAGCUUUCGAGAAAAUGAAAUUUGUUUACAGUGCAAACAUAAAAAAAGUGACUUAAAUGAUAAUGUUAUGUGGUACUGCCCACAUUCUAAAAAUGUUUUACCUAUAGACCAGUGUAGUGCAAACAUAGACACUUGUCCUGUGCACAACAUUAAUGCUCCUAGAACAAAAUGGUCUUUUUAUUACACAGAAGAAGAAUUGGACAGUUUGUUAUCCAAUUUAAAUUCUCGGGGCUUUAGAGAGCGUUCUUUGAAAGAAGCUCUUUUGAGUGAAAAGGAAAGGAUAAAAGAACUCAUAUCAAAGUGUCCCUGCAAUAUUUUCAAUAAAUCUUUACCACCUCCUCCUCAUUUAGAUGUUCGAAAGUCUCAAAGACAUCAGAGCAAUCAAAAUACAAGUUAUUCUGGAAUGGCUCCUGAUCAUGCUCUUGAAAUCACUCUGCGAGAUAUGAUUUUAGAAUUGGAACACAGAAUUUUUGCCGGUGGACUUGGUUCUCUUAAAGUGAGUAAUCGAGAAGCAUGGAGGACGGCCAUUGAGCAAGUUGCAAUCAGCUUGGAAAACGUUCAAAAGCCUCAAAAAGAAGGAGAAUCAGAUAGUUUUAAUGAGGAAAAGAAAUUUUUGACGUUACCUACUUCUCCAGAACAAAGUAUCAAAGAUCUUGCUAGUGCCAUGUUAGAACUAUCAGUUGGAAUAGAAGCUAAGUAUCUGCAUCCUCCAUUAGGUGAAAGUGAUGAGCAAAAGAAAGCCAAACAAAAAAUGCAAGAUGAUCCUGAGGCUCAGAAGAAAAAAAGUUCACCUAAUUCCAAAAGCUCAGUUUCUCCCCUUGAGAGGUGGCAAGAGUCAUUAAUGCAAUGUACUAGUGCGUCCCAGUUAUUUAUGCACCUUGGCACGCUUGAGAGGAGUGUAGCCUGGUCUCGUUCAGUAUUGAAAGCUCACUGUAGAAUUUGUCGUAGAAGAGGAGAUGCAGAGAACAUGUUAUUGUGUGAUGAAUGCAAUCGUGGUCAUCAUUUAUACUGCUUAAAGCCUCCUUUGAAAUCAAUUCCCGAAGGAGACUGGUUUUGUGUAAGCUGUAAACCCAUCGAAAAACCUGAAACUCCACAGAAAAAACAGCGUAGUAAAACUGAAAGUGACAGCGAUACAGAUUCUUCUGAAAACGAAUCAGAUGAUGAUGGUGAUGAAGAGGAAGAGGAGGAAGAAGGUGAAUCUGAAAGUGAGGAAGAGUCGAUGGUUGUUCAAGAGGCUUGUGAAGCUUGUGGCGAUGUUGGCACCCUUCUCUGUUGUGAUAAAUGUCCUCUAAUGUAUCAUCCUGAAUGUGUUAAUCUAAAAAGGAUUCCGCGAGGUGAAUGGCUGUGUCCUAAAUGUGGGGAGAAAGAUAAAGCUGUUAGAAAAGCACAAAAGCAUCCUUCUAAUGGUACGUAUGGUACGAGGUCUUCUACCUUAACAACAGACACCAAGAAGAAAAAAAGCAAUCCAUCUCUUAAGACUAAAAUUGGUACAAAAGGUCUUAAACGAAAAUAUGAAGAUUCCUUUGAGGACGAAUUUGAACCUCCAACCAAAAGAAGUAUGAGAGAGAGAAAAUCUUGUAAUGAUGAUUCUGAAAAAGAAGAUAAUCCAUUUAAAAAAGUUUAUAAAGAUUCAGCCGUAAACACUGCGAGGAGGAGGUCUAAAACUGGGAGUGGUGAUGACAUGCUGGAUUACAAAGCAUGCAUAGAUUUGCUGGUUGAGUUGAUGCGUCAUCCAUCCAGCUGGCCGUUCUUGGUCCCAGUUAGCAAGAAAGAUGCCCCAGACUAUCAUCAAAUAAUAAAACGCCCUAUGGACUUCGGCACCAUCCGGUCAAAACUUAAUUACAUGAACUAUAAAAACAAUGAAGACUUUGUUCGUGAUAUAUAUCUUGUAUUACAAAACUGUGAGUGGUUUAAUCCAAAAAACAGUCCUGAAUACAAAGCUGCACAAGUACUUUAUAAAGAAGUUAAAAGGCUAUUACAAGAAUACCAAAUAUGUAAUCCCUUCUCUUCAAAUGAAAGACCGAAUGUAAAUGAAUCAUGAAUUGUAUAAUAUAACUUUAUUUAUGUAAUUUAGGACAAAAAAUCUUGGUUUCUAGCCUAUAAAUGUUACACUUUUUUUUUUUUUAAUUGUUUCACCGUUAACUUUUUUUAAUAAAAAAACUAAGGUUAUAUAUGUUUCCUCAUUUCUGUGAAAUCAUUCCUUGUUUAAUCAUUGUGUUACAAAUUAGUGCUUGUUACAUUCUCCUAUAU